AAAAAAAGUGGGGUACAAAUGGUGUAUAAAUGCUCGGAUAAUUGUGUAACGUCGAUGUAGCUCUAUUAGCUAAAAAAAAUAUAACAAUGUCUUACCACGCAUCCGAGAGCACCGCCAUUCGUGAAUUGAAAAGAAAGAGGGGAUUAAUCAGAUCAAUUAGAAGAAUGCAACUAACAAUCACAUAUUGAAUUCUACCACAUUAGACAAACACCAAUUCGAACACUCGAUCAACAUUGGAUACAUUUUGCCCCUCGAUUAAACUUUUUGGAACACUUGAUCAACAACGUUUUGGAACACAUGAUCGACAACUUCGAAGACUUGAUCGUCGAAACAUUUUCACACCUUACUGAGACUCAUAAUAAUACAGCAUACACUACUGCGAGACUUGACAAAGAGCAGCAAAAAGGCACAAUGGCACAUGACGGAGAAGUGAGCCAACCGUGGUGUGACGUUAGGGCAGGCAUAGCGUGAAAUAGCGAUGCGGGGCACUAAUCAUGCAAAUCACUUAAAAAACUAUUUAGACCAACAUAAACAUCACCACAAAACAACAACGGAUACGUCUUAUUCAAUAUGGUUUCCGAAGUUUUUUUAAACUAAACUCUAAUCAACUUGGACUGGUAGUUAAACACACAGCUUAGACCGGACGCCGAGGGUUAAUUUCUUGAAAGAUUGCGGCCGCGUUUGACGGUCUAACGUAUGAGCACUCUUCGAUGGAAAGUCACGCCAUGUCCUCGCAAGCCGCAUACGCGGCGAGUAAAAACCGUUUACGUCCUUCAAGCCUCCAAAGACGCAGCGCAUCUGCAUCUGACCUGGAAAGAAUGGACGAUACCCGAGAUAAUAGCGAUUCGACGCCGCGAAAAAGGCGCUAUCCGCGUCCUCAGAGCGUCAACUUCCACCCGAAUGUCAGACUCUUUUAUGCUGCUACUUCUGAUGAUUUAGAGGAGGUUGAGAUGCUAAUAGAAUCAGGAAUGGCGUCUGUGAACGCGAGGAACCCUGCAGAAGGCGCUACCGCCCUCCACGCGGCCUGCUUCGAGGGAAACGUCAGCUGUGCGAGAUAUCUGCUGGAGCACGGCGCGAGUGUAGAAGCACGUGAUAAUGACGGCUGGAGCCCGCUUCAUGCCGCCACGUGUGGAGGCAAGAGAAAAUGUGUUCAACUCCUUCUCGCCGCAGACGCGGACCCCUUCGCAGAGAGCUUCGAUGGCUACACGGCGUUCCAAAUGGCUGUAGAUUUACGCGAUGAGAGACUGUUGGACAUGUAUUUCAAGUCAUUUCAGCCUUUGAUUGACAACAGGUUCAUUCGCGAAACAAACGUUUGACAACUUGGAUAUAGGUAGUCUGCAUAGCAUCCGCUCUUAACGCCACGCACGCAGACUAGAAAAUAGGCGACUUUGACUAAGAUAUCACGUGACUUUUUUGGCGGCAAACUCGAGUGCGCUCCUGCUUUUGGCGGCAAAAUAACAACAAACAAAAACAAGUUUAUUUCCUUCAAUUUCCAUUUUAAAGCCAAAAAGGUUCUUUGUCAAGGAAAUAUAUGUCAACACCAACCUAAAUUUAAACUUUUUGUUAGCAACAUAGCCAUUUUGGAGUCUAAUUCAGUCAGAAACCACAUACUAUUGUCUCUGAUUUUUCUUAACUUUUAAGUAUUUUUUCGGCAUUUACCCGGAAAUCAUCAUCCUUAAUAAUAGGCGGCCCAUAAAAAGAGUGCAGCCAACCCUUUAAUCGUUGAUGUUUCGUUUUUAACACCAGUGAAAGUCGGUCAAAUUCUCAUGGUACAUUUUUAAAAUAAUUUUUUAAAGGGAUCAUGAAUGAAUAGUGACCAAGACUAGAGAAAUGGGGCAAUUUUUUUUGCUGACAUAACUUCCUUAGACAGGAAUAUAAAAAUAGAUUCACACUAUAAAAAUAGACAUUUACACUAUUAAAACAAUCAAGUUUUAGAA